UGGAAGCUUGGUUUACAGUUUGGAAAAAUUAUAAUUAGUUUUGUAAUAUUUUAUAGUGAACUUAUCAUUUCAACUGGACAAAGUCGUUUAAAGAAAAGAAAAGUAAAGCAUUUAUAUAAUUAACUGGUAGAUAAAACUUUCAUAUAUUAGAGAUAUGGAUCCAGAGUUUCUUUCUAGACUGAUUCCACAAAACAAAGAUCAUGUACGUCCAGCGUGUAAGAAAUGUGGAUAUGCUGGACACCUUACAUAUCAAUGUCGAAAUUUUAUCAAAGUCGACCCAAACAAAGAAAUUGUUUUAGACGUUAGUAGUACAAGUUCUGACAGCGAUGAAAAUUAUGUAACUCCUCUAACUGAAUUACGCGAAAAGGAAUUAAAAAAGAAGCAAAAGGAAGCUAAGAAGAAACACAAGUAUAAAAAGAGCAAAAAAAAAUCUAAGAAGCAUGAAAAGUCAGAUACAAGCGACAGUGAUUUUGAAACAGAAGUUUCCAGCGGAGAGGACAAAAAACAUAAACACAAGAAAAGGAAGAAGAAGUCCAAACAUAAAAAACACAAGAAGCACAAGAAGGAUGAUACAUCAGAUAGCGAUUCUGAUAAGACAAAAUAGUUUCUUCUUCUUCAUAAGCCAAUAUUAUAAGUACUGUAACUUCUAAUUGAAAUUGUAAAUACUG